CUCCCCUCACCCUCCUCGCACGUGCCUCCCCCUCCUCGCACCUGCCCUCUCUCUCUCUCUCCCCCAAAAAUUCAAACUCUCUCUCUCUCUCUCUCUCUCUCUCUCUCCUGUAUUUUAUACAUUAUCGAUGAAUUUAUGUCUUAAUCAGGGUGUUUAAAUCCUCUGUUCUAUUCAAACGUGCUGCUGUUCAAGAAAAGUUAAGAGCAAUCGGAGCCAUUCGACAGCAUCCUCCAUUGGAGCUUCCUUCUCCUCCUGUAGCUGUAAAUCUUCUCUUCUAAUUCAAGCAACCCUUCACCAGAUUUUUCAGAGAGGGAGAGAUGAACGCGGUGGGGAGGCAGGUGCAGAGAUCCACUGCAUCGGCAGUGCACCACCAGCGACAGUACUCCGACAACUUCUUGGACUCCUCAUCCAAUGGCAGAUGGCUUUCCAACUCCUCCCUUCCUUCUACCCAGGACUACGGGCAGUACGGCGGAGCUCAAGGAUCCAGAAUGCCGCAGAGGACUAACCAGAGGGGGGUUAAUGAGUUCUUCUCGGAGCCCUUGACGCCGACGGUGAAUUGGCGGCCGUCGAGCCAGAUGAAGAAUGGUGAGGAGGAGGGUGAGAUCAGUCCUGGACUCUUGGAUCUACACUCUUUCGACACUGAGCUGAUUCCCGAGAUACCACUUCCUGGCCUGCACGAUGGUCCUGCAUUUUAUAAUUCCAUUCGUGGCAGGAGCUUUGAUGACUCUGAGCAAUACCUUUCAACCAAUAAACAAACUGGCAAACCUCGUGGUUUACCUGAAAACAAUGUCCUGAAAAGUAUUGCUGUGGAUAAAGAGAAGGCCAGUUCUGUUGCAAAGAUCAAAGUUGUGGUGCGCAAGAGACCACUAAAUAAGAAGGAAUUAGCUAAGAAUGAGGAAGAUAUCGUAGAGACUGUCUCAAAUUCUCUAACAGUUCAUGAGACUAAACUAAAGGUUGACCUUACAGAAUAUGUGGAGAAGCAUGAAUUUUUUUUUGAUGCAGUGCUUAACGAGGAGGUUUCAAAUGAUGAGGUGUAUCGUGAGACUGUGGAGCCUAUAGUUCCAAUAAUUUUUCAACGCACCAAAGCAACCUGCUUUGCGUAUGGGCAAACAGGGAGUGGGAAAACUUAUACUAUGAAACCAUUACCUCUUAAAGCAUCCAGAGACAUCUUGAGAUUGAUGUAUCAUACUUACCGGAACCAAGGUUUUCAGUUGUUUGUCAGCUUCUUUGAGAUAUAUGGAGGAAAACUGUUUGAUCUCCUUAAUGAUCGGAAGAAACUUUGCAUGAGAGAGGAUGGUAAACAGCAAGUUUGCAUUGUGGGUUUGCAAGAGUAUAGAGUAUCAGAUGUAGAGACGAUUAAGGAUCUCAUUGAAAAAGGAAAUGCCACUAGAAGUACUGGCACAACUGGAGCAAAUGAAGAAUCCUCUCGUUCACAUGCUAUACUUCAGCUUGCUAUUAAGAGGUCAGCUGAUGGCAGUGAAUCAAAGCCAGCCCGUGUCAUUGGAAAACUCUCAUUUAUAGAUCUUGCUGGAAGUGAACGUGGUGCAGAUACUACAGAUAAUGAUAGGCAGACAAGAAUGGAAGGUGCUGAGAUCAAUAAAAGUUUGCUUGCGCUAAAGGAAUGCAUAAGAGCUCUUGACAAUGACCAGGGUCAUAUUCCUUUCAGAGGCAGUAAAUUAACUGAAGUUUUAAGAGAUUCAUUUGUUGGUGACUCACGAACUGUUAUGAUAUCAUGCAUUUCACCGAAUUCAGGCUCAUGUGAGCAUACUCUCAAUACCUUAAGAUAUGCUGACAGGGUGAAGAGUCUCUCAAAAGGAAACAACUCAAAGAAAGAUGUUCUAUCAUCAACCUUAAACCUAAAGGAAUCAACAGUAUUACCACUAUCUUCAGUUUUACCAGCUGGAUCAACAUAUGAAGAUGAUGCAAACAAUAUGUGGGCUGAACAAACUGAAAGAGAUGAUUUUGAUAUGUCCGAAGAGUUGUAUGAGCAAAUGAAGCCACUAAGGAAGAACAACGAAAAGCUGGAAUUACACAAGCUGUCUACUUAUGAGGAUAAGUUCAAGAAAGUCAAUGAUCAGACAAACUGGAAGGAAUUGCCUAAUUUUAAUACCAAGAACCCACAGUUAGAUGAUGAUUUGAAUGCCCUGUUAAAGGAGGAGGAAGAUCUUGUAAAUGCUCAUCGGAAACAGGUGGAGGAAACAAUGAAUCUCGUGAGAGAGGAGAUGAAUUUGUUGGUUGAAGCCGACCAACCAGGGAAUCAACUGGAUAAUUAUAUUUCUAGAUUGAAUGCCAUUCUAUCCCAUAAAGCUGCAGGCAUCCUGCACCUUCAGACACGCUUGGCUCAUUUUCAGAAGCGCCUGAAGGAACAUAAUGUUUUAGUGUCUUCUUCGGGUUAUUGAUAUCAUAUGGUUGAUACUGACAAGUUUCAGAUAUGAAGAUACUUCUUUGAGUUUAUUGACAAAGAAGAUCAUGCCGAUGAGGGUUGUCCAUGGGUAUCAUGAUUCUAGUGUGAUCAUUUGUCAUCUGGUAAAAUUUUGGUACACAACAGGCCAAUUUGCAGGAUGAUUCAAUAACCAUUCUGUAUUUGGUAAUCCCUACUGGCUUUUUAGAUUGCAGUUUCCUUCUCAGGUUAAGACCCUGUGUCCAUUUCCUGGCAUGUUAUUAUUUUUCACUGAUUCUUUAUUUUCUGUGGCGAGUUACAGAAAACUAUUGGAUUUGCAUGCUAAUUGGCAUGCUUUUGUAAAGCUUUGCAGCACAUUAAUUUGAUUGAUAAAGCAAUUUGCUCU